AUGAAAGCUUCUAUUGGAGAUGUCGUUUUGCCUGGAGAUUACUGUGAAGAAAUAACCGUGGCCGGCGAAAAAGCAAAAGUAAUCAUAGGUCCAGGAUUAAGGAGAGAACUUGACCGCGUGUAUGUCACUAAAGCUGGAGUUCUUAAAAAACGAAACCCAUGUACUUAUUGGGUAGACAGUUACCAAAAGCGGUACGUUCCAUCAAGAGGUGAAAAUGUGAUCGGUGUUGUGGUGCAGAAAGCUGGUGAUAUAUUUAGAGUAGACGUUGGAGGUAGCAUCACUGCAGCGUUAUCAUAUUUAUCAUUCGAAGGAGCUACAAAAAAGAACAGGCCUGAGGUACAAAUUGGAGAUAUUGUUUACGCCAAAAUGCUGGUUGCUAGCAAAGAUAUGGAACCAGAGUUAGUUUGUGUCGAUUCACACGGUAAAAAAGGACGCUUAGGCGUACUGAGUGAUGGAUUCUUAUUUAAGUGUUCUUUAAAUUUAGUGCGAAAAAUAUUGAACCCUUCAUGUCCCUUACUUGAGUCCUUGAAAAAUGAAUGGCCAUUUGAGAUGGCAGCCGGCAUGAAUGGUAGGAUUUGGAUUAAAGCUAACUCCAUGAGAGAGACAAUUGCUCUUGGUAAUGCUAUCUUGGGUGCAGAAUAUCAAAGUGAUGAAGAAAUUAAAGUAAUUUGUUCUAACAUAGCUUCUAUACUGGCUGGACAUAUUUCAUGA